AUGGAUGGUGCUUUACUUGGGCUAUUGCUGCUCCUGGUGGCACCAAUAUUUGCCUCAGGACAUAUGAUGCCAAAAUUAUCUUUGCCAACAUUAUCAGAGUUACUAGGACCUGGAACUGUUUAUCCAUGGAGGCUCGAAUAUUGCUCCUUAUCGCCUGAGGAACAAGCAAAAAUGAAAUCUCUUCAUGGCUUGAAUCAUGUCUUGAUGGAGGGUGUCGAUGUAAAAGACCCAAUGACAAUGGAAAGCGUGCCCUUUGAUGGGUUGACAAUGGGGGAGGUGCUGUUUAGAGGCAAGACCGUUACGAAAGGGUAUUAUAAAAACCCAGACAAAACUGAAGCAGCAUUGAAAGGAGGAUGGUUUCAUACUGGUGAUAUUGCUGUGAGGCAUCCUGAUGGGAACAUUGAGGUGAAAGAUCGAAAACUUGAUCUCAUUAUUUCCGGGCAUAAGAAAAUAUCUGUGGAUGUUGAAGCCGUGCUGUUUAGCCAUCCAGCAGUUUUUGAGGCAGGAGUGGUAGGGCGUCCGAAUGAGGUUGUAGGGGAGACAGUUUGUGCUUUUGUGAUGCUUAAGCAAGGAUGCAAUGCGAGCCCUGAGAAGAUUAUUAAGUUCUGUGGAGAAAGCUGCCCGAACAUAUGGUGCCAAAAACUGUGGUUGCUUUUGCCUGUUUAA